GUACGGCGGGUUGAAUAGUGACGAGUCUCGAAAUUGUAUAUCUCUCAUUUCUAUUACAAUAACAUUUAUAGAUUAUACAUUAUCUUUGUACUGAAAUCAAUAUGUUUUAAUAACAUUUAUAGUCUUUAAAUAACACUAAAACAACUAGACUAAGUAAAUUCAUCAUUCCAUUAUUCGAUAGUUUUCAAAUAUUCAGGAGUAGAUAAGGGUCAAACGACUAUCUCGUGUAGAUUUCAGCUUUCACAUGCGCAAUGGAAAAAUUAAUAAAGAAUGCUUGGAAGUGGAACAUUCCUGCAUAUUUUAAUCAUUAUUAAUAAUACCUUUUACGCGCUAAGAUAGUUUCAUUAGUGACUGUUUAUUUCGAAAAGAACAAAGUGCUCAUUUAGAAACGUUUGGUUGUACACCUACCAUUUUUAAGUAAAAGUUUGCAAUUUGCAACCGCCGCUCGACACUGACCGUCUUGGUAACGUAAAUAUGCCUGCGACUGACGGCACAUCAGAAUCUACAAACCUUGUACCACCUAGUAAUUUAAAACCAAGCUACAUGAAUCUCAUUAAUAAUAGUGCAGCCCUAAUUUUUAAUGGGAUUAUAAUAUAUUGCUGCUUUCGCGAUGGAGUGUCUUUGUUUUCCUUUCAUCCAAUUCUCAUGUCAAUGGGGUGGCUGAUAUUUAUGUGUAGUGCUGUCAAUGCUGUCACUCCUGGAGAUUUUGCAACAGAGUGGAUGCCUAUACGCCUUCGAAGUGCAAGGCACUGGGUACUUCAACUGGUUGCGGCAACAAUCAUACUGACAGGUUUUAUUAUAAUAAUGAUAAAUAAAAUCAUUAAUGAUAAGCCACAUUUUGUCUCCUUGCAUGCCAAAUUUGGUUUAGCUGCCAUUAUUUUUACUUUUUUGACUAGUCUUGGGGGACUCACCACCCUAUAUAGUCUAAAGCUAAAAGACUACUUGGCACCAAUUUACAUAAAAGUAAUACAUGCUUCUGUCGGGUUAAUUACACUUUGUUUAGGAGUGAUAACUAUAGUUUUAGGAAAUUUUUCAAAUUGGUGGACUUUUGGAGAGGUUUUAAGGUUCCUCUCAAUAAUACUGGUAUUAAUAGUUCUAACUCUGACAAUUUUACGACCAACCCUAAAGGUAUAUUUUCGUCUAAAGGAAAGAUUUGGAUAUGUGAGCUCUAACUAUUAGAUGAAAUUUUUAAUGUUUUAAAAGAAUAAUUUAUUCAUUAUCAUUCCAUCUUUAAUCUUUAAUUAUGCUUAGUUUUUUUGCUGUUUUCUUUACCAAAAGACAUACUAGUUAUGCCUCCAUUAUUCUAAGUGUAGCUUAUAGGAUUGCAAUAAUUAAACACUUAUUUGCUAUAAAGAACAUAUGCUGUAACAGAAAAGGUUACAUCUCUUUUAACAUGUAUAAAAAAAUUAUUUGUUGUGUGACUCCAGCAAUAAAAGAGUGCUAAGUAUGCUUACCCUUAGCAUUUAGCAACACAAUUUCAACCUAUCAUUUCAGUAUUUCAGAAACAUAAGUUUUUUUUUAAAUUAGAUUACUACUUACUUAGUCUCAGAUAUUUAUAAUUAAUUACUAUUUAAUGUAAAUUAUUACCAAAUGCUAUGCUUAAGCCAAAAUGAUUCCUAUAUAAUAAUAAAAAAAAUACCGUAAAAAGUAUUGGCACAUUAUUUUGUACUCUAUUUUUAAUCUCUAUACAAUCUUUACUGAAUAAUUAUUUGAAAUGAAGUAAUAUAGUUUAUAAACUUUGAUCUGAUUUUUUUAAAAAUGUUUUGUAUAAAAAACUUUUAUGACUGAAAAUUUCUAAUUUUUU